AUGGACGCCCUGUGCGGCUCAGGGGAGCUCGGCUCCAAGUUUUGGGACUCCAAUCUGUCGGUGUACACAGACAACCCAGACCUCACUCCCUGCUUCCAGAACUCCCUGCUGGCCUGGAUCCCCUGCAUCUACCUGUGGGUCACCCUGCCCUGCUACCUACUCUACCUGCGGUGCCACCACCGAGGCUACAUCACCCUCUCCCGCCUCUCCAAGCUAAAGACGGCCUUGGGCGUCCUGCUGUGGUGCGUCUCCUGGGCUGACCUCUUCUACUCCUUCCAUGGCCUGGUCCACGGCUGGGCCCUUGCCCCCAUCUUCUUUGUCACCCCCUUGGUGGUGGGGGUCACCAUGCUGCUGGCCACCCUGCUGAUCCAGUAUGAGCGGCUGCAGGGGGUACAGUCCUCGGGGGUCCUCAUCAUCUUCUGGUUUCUGUGUGUGGUCUGCGCCAUCAUCCCCUUCCGCUCCAAGAUCCUUUCAGCCGUGGCAAAGGGCAGGAUCUUGGACCCUUUCCGCUUUACCACAUUCUACAUCUACUUUGCCCUGGUGCUCUGUGCCCUCAUCCUGUCCUGCUUCAAGGAGAAGCCACCAUUUUUCUCCCCAAGGAAUGUCGACCCUAACCCCUGCCCAGAGGCUAACGCUGGCUUCCUCUCCUGCCUGUCUUUCUGGUGGUUCACAAAGAUGGCUAUCCUUGGCUACCGACGUCCCCUGGAGAAGCAGGACCUCUGGUCCCUGAACAAGGAAGACCACUCUGAGAUAGUGGUGAAGAAGCUGCUGGAUGCCUGGAAGAAGCAGCAAAAGCGGGCAGCACGACUCAAGGCCAAGGCGGCAUCUGGGAAGACAGUCUCCGGUGAGGAUGAGGAGCUGCUGGGGGACCAGCCCAGGCCCCAGGAACUCUCCUUCCUCCAGGCCCUGCUGGCUGCCUUUGGCCCCAGCUUCCUCAUCAGUAUGUGCUUCCUGCUACUCCAGGACCUGCUCUCCUUCGUCAACCCACAGCUACUCAGCAUGCUCAUCAGAUUUAUUUCAAACCCCGCGGCCCCUGUCUGGUGGGGCUUCCUGUUAGCCGGGAUGAUGUUCAUGUGCUCCACGAUGCAGACUCUGAUCUUACACCAGUACUACCACCGCAUCUUUGUGACGGGGUUGAGGCUUCGUACGCAGCCUGGAAAGCCCUCCCCACCUUCCCGCAUC